AGUCAAUCCUACCCAUUUUUGCUCUAUAAUAUGAUUAAAAUCCCUGUCUAUAUAACAAGAUUGAUGAAUAUAUUUAUAGCUGUUCAAAAAACUUCUACAUGGAAAUGAAUCCGUUGGAGCUCGAAUUACCCGGCUUUCGGUUUCACCCGACCGAGGAAGAGUUGCUUGAAUUCUACCUCAAAAAGAUGGUUUUAGGGAAGUAUACGUGUUUCGAAGUCAUCGGCUUUUUGAACAUAUACCUCUAUGAUCCUUGGAUUCUACCAGAAAUGUCGAAGAUUGGGGAGAGAGAGUGGUACUUUUUUGUUCCGAGGAAUAAAAAGCUUGGUAAUGGUGGGAGACCAAACCGAACCACCAAAAACGGGUUUUGGAAGGCAACCGGGUCAGAUCGUAAAAUAUUCUCUUUAUCCGACACAAACAAGCACCUCGGGUUGAAGAAGACUUUAGUGUUCUACCAAGGCAGGGCACCAGGAGGCCAGAAAACCGAUUGGGUCAUGAGCGAAUACCGACUGCCUGAUUCUUGUCCGCUAUCAAAGGACAUAGUGCUGUGUAAAAUAUACAGAAAGGCAACUUCCAUAAAGGUGUUGGAGCAAAGGGCAGCCAUGGAAGAAGCACAGCCUCCAUCACCUCCAACCUCUACCCAGAGUCAACAUCUUGACUUCUUAGCACUAUCACCAAUGAGAUUAGGCCAUGUGGCAUCCUGCACUAAAGAUAGCCAAGCCAGCAAGGAACCAACCCUGAAACUACCGACGGGAUCCAAAGAGUUAUCGGAGCUCCGGCUACCAAAAACUGACAUGGGUUGGUGUCAAGAUUCGCAGUCGCGUAGUCCGUGGCUUCAAGAUCUCCUUUUCACCCCUUCCCCCUGUGCCAAUGUACUCAAUUUCCUCGAUUAAUCGAAUAAAGCGAACGAUAAUUAUUGUUAAUGUAAACUGAAUGAUAUUUAUUAACUUAUGUCGAAUCACAUUAAAAUUGUUAGCAA